GACUCUUCAUCAUCUCAGCGCAGUGUUCCUUUGGGAAGCUUGCCGCCCGAUUUCCGGGCCGUAACGAAGGGCUUGAAGUAUUUGAAGAAAACUGAUGGUGAGCCAUUUUGGAGGAGGGAUAUCCAGCAUGAUUUUCUCGAGGAGUUGUUUGGUGACCAGCUGAAGGUGUUCACCAAUUACUUUCCUCCUAGUGACAUUGAAAACGCAGCAAAUGGCCCAAAACUAACCUUUGCCGAACUCUACGUCAGAACUUUGGCAGAGUCGUCAAAAUCCUCCAGAAUUUUGAGUGAACGCUUGAUCAGAGACUCGGAGGUCGGAAUUCUGGUCAGCAAAGUGUGUUUGCUUGUCAACGCUGGACGUAUGAACACAACCAUCAACUUUGUACCUGACAUGCGGUCGGUACUCAGAACCUACCACCUGAUCCCAUCCCUUCAAGCUGAUCCUGAUGGCAUAUCGAAACCUUUGCAAGACACUCCCAGAUUAAAAACCAUCCUCAAAGCUGUAUGCGACGGUCUCGAGGAUUACCAAACUUUGUUUGAUGUCUUGCGGGCACCAAAGCAAGAAAAGCCCAAUACAAACAUAAUCAAACUAAUUUUCUUGAUGAGCUCAUUCUUUCAAAAUAUUCCAUACCAUUAUGAUGAUUUACCCAGCGAGACCUCUACAGAUAGCGCCAACGGUGUCCCAAACUCCCAUGGGCCCCAAAAUAAAUUCAUGGAGUUUUUUUUAAAUGAUAAAAUGAGCCCCAAAAGCAGAGCGAGAAGAUUUCUCUGGCUUAUGUACACUUAUAUGGAAACUUCCUUUCACGAAAGUGAACUUGAAAAAAACCCUUUCAACCCCAAGCAUAUACCACCCAUUGAGUAUAUAUCUCCAGAGGAAUUGGGAUCAUUUGAUAGGGACACAGACUAUGAGAUCGAGUAUGCUACAAAAAUGUACCACACCCGCAUGAUGCACUUGAAUGAAGACAUUGUUCAUCCCGAACCAAAGCGAGGAUCCAAAGGCAAACGUGAAAAACAAGAUUCCAAGAAAGCAUCUGACCAAUCGUCUAAACCAAGUCAAUCUUCUAAACCAAAUGAGUCCUCGAAGGUGAAUCUGAACUCAGAUCGACCACAGAGAAAGAGGCCGACACCAUCAUUCAGCUCCUUGAUCGAUGACCAUAAAAAGACUUCUGAUUUGCAACGAAAAUGGAAAAAUCCUAAAUUUUCUCCCAAUAAUAUUCCCGAAUAUCGCACAAAGUUCUCUCUGUGUACAAAACAACUUGAUAUUCCCCAACUCAAGAAAGAAAGUCAUUUAUCAAAUACCUACAAGAAAAUGAAUUCUCAGCGUGCAAAAGGGAUCGUUGCGCAUAUUCUGAGAUCAGUACCGAAUUACGAAGCAAGAAGGAAAGAAAUAACUCAAUGGAUGUAUCGUUACUUCCAGUAUAAGAAGAGUUCGGGUAAUGGUCUUUUGGGUAUGGAGUGGGAGGAUAUUCGGUCUGAUCUUAUAAACGGUGUUGAAGCCUAUCUUUAUCAAAAGCUUGGGAAAGACUUCAUCACACAAUACUACGACGAGAAAAUAUCUGAAAGUCGUCAAGAAAACUCUGAUCUCGAGCUGAUCAGAAAAGAGAAUUUUAUGACUAGCUCAGAUCAACUUCCUGGCGACUCUGCUCCGAUCGAUGUUGGUGACAUCAACGAAACCGGACAUGGGUAUGUUCCUUCACACGAUUUUGACUGUGCGAAUGAACGAACGACUUAUGAGUUCCUGUUGCUACAAAUAGCGGAGGACGUUAUCAUUCAAAGCCUUCGGGAGAACUUCUCUCAGACUGAAGCCAUUCAUUUCGAUCUUGACACUGAAACACUCCUGUUU